GUUGGAGUGGACUGAUCAGAGCUUUCCACUAUGCCAGCAGGGCGAUGAGGACAGCGGCGAUCUGAGUGACUUGAAAAGGGGGUGUCAGUGUGGUUCAACUAGAUCCGGUCAACAGCAAGUAUGCCGGGCGGGUGUCUCCAAAAGGUCUAUCAGAGUAGGCUUGGUCGGUGGGUGUGGAUGCUGGAGUCUCCCGAUUGAGCCCGUGGGGUGGUUGGUGGUCAAACGGGGUUGGUUGCUUGGAUCUUCCCCUUUUUGAAGUGCCAGUUGACCAAAAACACACUCACAACCACCCAAGAAGAAUGGACUGCUUCUUCAAAGACCCAAGACUACUCAAACAACAACAACAACAAAAGCAAACGACAACCCAACAGCAACAGCAACAGAUCAGAAUCAAAACACUACAAACAAACCAACAACCACUCCCAAAAAGAAUCAAACUCAACCACCAACAACAGACAGCCACUGGCACAAACCAAACAACAACAACCACUAAGAAGACUAUUCACAGUAAACCACAACUCAACAACACUCAGCAACCCGAUCAACUCAGCAAGACUCGGGAAACGAAACCCUUAGUGAACCAGACAGAGGACAAUCAUCACAAGACCCAGGAUAUCAACAAUAAUAACAAGACCCAGGAUAUCAACCAGACUCAGGACAUCAACAAGACUCAGGAUAUCAACAAGACUCAGGAUAUCAACACGACUCAGAAUAAUAACAAGACUCAGGAUAUCAAAAAGACUCAGGAUAUCAACAAAACUCAGAACAACAACAAGACUCAGGAUAAACAACACCAAGAUGAUCAGAACCAGACGAAGAAGAACCCAACGACAAACCACCAGGACUACCAACUCCAUCCGAUCAUCCCACGCUCCGUCGACAAGACCAUCACCGCGUACUCAUCCAACCAUCCCCUGAAUGUCGAGCCAGCCGAGCGCAAACUCACCAGCUCGGCCAAGCUGGUCAACGCCAACAGGAGCCAAUUCAAGCCCUGGUUCACUAACCAGGACCCGCAGCGCUGGCCGUUCAAGAAAAACCAGGACCCCCAGAUCAGAGUCGUCUAUCCUACCGGCGCACACGAACUCUUCCCCUUACUGGUGCCCAAAAACGAUUUGGAUGAAUAUCGUCCUUUGGAUGACCUUCUAAACGUCAUUACUACCACACUUACCUACUACCUCACACCCGACCAGUCGCUGCAUUUCUUCUCCGAGCCACAUCCUAUCACUUCCCCCUCCGCAUCCGUCCCACACAGCCAACUGAACGACUUCAGCUUCCUAAACCGACGUUCGCAGGAGCGGUCCUCGCCGGAGCCCGGACGAUCGACGACGCCCAAGAUCCCGCUCUCGGACGCAUCGUUAGAUCUGAGCUCGAAGCCGCUCUUGAAAGAGCUUGCGAAGACGAUCCGACGGAAGAACGGGCCGGAGUUUCUGGGGCUGGUUGGCUGGUACAAUCGGGUGAUCAAGUAUCUGGUCGAAGGGAAAGAGAUCGGCCGACAGAUCGGCUCGUUUGUGGGGAUGCCGCAGGGAGUCUGGGAGACGAUUUUAGGCCAAGCGUAUGACCGCCAGGUGGGGCCCCAAUUGGAGCUCUUACAGGGCUACGAGACCUGGAGCAGUAAUGUGUAUGGCGAGCUCAAGCCCCGGUUCGUCUCGGAGAUCAUCCGGCUCGUCGGCCUAAGACCCGGCAUGGUCUUCCUCGACCUCGGCUCCGGAAUCGGUAACAUCGUCCUCCAGGUCGCCCUCGAGGUCGGCUGCGUCGCCGUCGGCUUCGAAAUCAUGGACGGCUGCGCCAAACUCGCUAACCUUCAACGCUCCGAACUCGUCGGUCGCGCUCACUCCCUAUGGGGAGUUAACCUCGGCGCCCCUCUUCUCUUCCAGGCUGACUUCACUAAGGAUCCCCGAGUGGGCCAAUGGCUACAACAGGCGGAUGUCGUACUAGUGAAUAACCAAGUCUUCACCCCGAGUCUGAACGAAUCGUUAAGUUUGCUGUUCCUGGAGCUGAAAGACACGGCCCAGAUCGUCUCGCUGAAGCCGUUCAUCUCGAGCUCCUUCAAGCUCAACCAACGCAACCUGGAUUCCCCGUUAGCCAUCCUCUCCCGACCCGCCCUCCGGCCUACUCCGCCCUCCACCCUCGUCGCUAACAGUCCUGGCGUCUUCAGCUAUCCUUCUAAUUCUGUCAGUUGGACUGAUAACCCUGGCGACUUCUUCGUCUCCGUCGUCAAUCGCGAUAAGUUGAUUCGCUUUCAAGAAUCAUGUCAGGCUUGAAUCUUCCCCCCCCCCUCCCUGUCCUUGUCUUUUCUUUCAAACAACCUCAAAUCAAAUCAUGGAAUCUUUCUCUUUUUUUCUUUAAUUAUUGUUUUGUUUGUUGCCAUCAAUUCCUCCUCCUCCCC